AUGGCGUUCGUUACUGAGCUCACCAAGCGACUGGGCAUUAAAGUCCCCAUCGUCCAAGGUGGCAUGCAACAUGUCGGCACCGCAGACCUCGCCUCCGCCGUGUCCAACGCCGGCGCCCUGGGCAUCAUCACCGCCCUCAUCUUCCCCAACCCCGCCGCCCUCCGCGACGAGAUCCGCCGCUGCCGCACCCUGACCUCGAACCCCUUCGGCGUCAACCUCACCCUCCUCCCCGCCCUCGUGCCCCCCGACUACGGCGCCUACGCCCAGGCCAUCAUCGACGAAGGCGUCACCAUCGUCGAGACGGCCGGCAACUCUCCAGGCCCCGUCAUCGCCCAGCUCAAGCGCGCCGGCGUCACCAUCCUGCACAAGUGCACCUCCAUCCGGCACGCCCUCUCCGCCGUCAAGCUGGGCGCCGACUUCCUCUCCAUCGACGGCUUCGAAUGCGCCGGCCACGUCGGCGAAUCCGACAUCACAAACUUCAUCCUCCUCUCCCGCGCCCGCCAGGCCCUCAACGGUGUCCCCUUCAUCGCCAGCGGCGGCUUUGCCGACGGCUAUGGCCUCGCCGCCGCACUCUGCCUUGGCGCCUGCGGCGUCAACAUGGGUACCCGGUUCAUGUGCACCGUCGAGGCGCCCAUCCACCACCGAAUCAAGGAGGAGAUCGUCAGCGCAAACGAGACCGACACGGCCCUUGUCCUCCGCCGCUGGCGCAAUACCACACGCCUCUACCGGAACUCGGUGGUGGAAGAUGCACUCAAGGUCGAGCGUGAGAGUACCACCGGCAACUUUGAGGAAAUCGCGCCCUUUGUCAGCGGGAAGAGGGGCAAGGAGGUCUUCAUCAACGGUGACCCCCACUACGGUGUUUGGACUGCUGGCCAGGUCAUUGGUCUGAUCCAUGAUAUUCCGACGGUUCAGGUUCUGGUCGAGAGGAUAGAAAAGGAGGCCGAAGAAACCUUGAAAGACAGGUUAGCGUUGGUUAAACCUCAACCCAAGCUGUGA